AUACUCUUUGUCCACGAAGCACAUCCAAUCCAAAAUCCUAUCGUUGUCCUCUGGUGGUUGGUAUCAGAUUACUAAAACCUCAAUCUCCGUUUCUCUCUUACCUCUUUUACUCAUCACUCCCUCAUUCUCAUACUCCCCGACUCCCAUUCAUACUAGUGCCUGAUCGAAAUCCAAGAAAUGGAGUUGAGUCCGAAUGCCACCCCCGUGACUCAAUGUUGUUAUUUAGGUAAGUCAUCAAUGGCGUUUUUUGGCUGUUUCCUGUAAUAUCUUUCUUUUCUUUUUUCUAUUUAAGCACCAAUAUUGAAGAUAAAACGUGGCCUGUCCCACUUUCCACUGCAAUUCGGUGGGUCGAGCUUGAGCCAGCGAUAUCUGGUUUUCGAAUCUUGAGAAGUCUUUUGAUCUUCAAAAAGCAAAGGAGAAGGAUGACUUCGAUUAAUCUGAGCUUGUGGGUUCAGAACCGUUCCAUGUUUAGCCGAGGAGGUAGAUCCAAAGCGAUUCCCAGAUCCCCAUUUCUCAAUCCUCUCAGAAACCUCCCCAUCUCCGUCGUAUCUCCGUACCCAAAACGCCGUUUCUCCGCCAUCUCCUCAGUUCUUGCCAGAGAAGACACUCAGCAAGAAAAUCGGAAGCCUGCUUUUGAUUUCAAGUCCUAUAUGGUGCAGAAAGCCAACUCGGUGAACCAGGCCCUAGACGCCGCCGUUUCGCUCCGGGAACCGAAGAAGAUCCACGAAGCUAUGCGCUACUCCCUGCUCGCGGGUGGCAAGCGUGUGCGCCCAGCUCUCUGUAUCGCCGCCUGCGAACUCGUGGGUGGCAACGAGUCGAUAGCUAUGCCCGCCGCUUGCGCUGUGGAGAUGAUCCACACCAUGUCCCUCAUCCACGACGAUCUCCCUUGCAUGGAUAACGACGAUCUCCGCCGUGGAAAACCCACCAACCACAAGGUCUUCGGCGAGGACGUCGCCGUUUUGGCCGGCGACGCACUCCUCUCCUUCUCCUUCGAGCACCUCGCCGUCGCCACCGUCGGUGUCGAUCCUUCGAGAAUCGUUCGCGCUAUCAAGGAGUUAGCGAAAUCAAUUGGGACUGAAGGUUUAGUUGCCGGUCAAGUCGUCGAUAUAUGCAGCGAAGGAAUGACUGAUGUGGGGUUGGAGCACCUCGAGUUCAUUCACGUCCACAAAACCGCCGCUCUGCUCGAAGCCGCUGUGGUUCUCGGAGCGACUGGCGGCGGGACCGACGAGGAAAUUGAGAAGCUAAGGAAAUUCGCCAGGUACAUUGGAUUAUUGUUUCAGGUGGUGGACGACAUCCUGGACGUGACGAAAUCGUCGCAGGAACUGGGGAAAACGGCCGGGAAAGACUUGGUGGCGGAGAAGGUCACGUAUCCUAAACUAAUGGGUAUUGAGAAAUCAAGGGAAUUGGCAGAGAAAUUGAACAAGGAUGCGCAGGAACAGCUUCGUGAUUUUGAUGAAGAGAAAGCUGCUCCUUUGAUUGCUCUGGCGAAUUACAUUGCUUACAGGCAAAAUUGAGGACUUAGUGUUAGAAAGGAUAGAUACUGUAAAAGUCUGAGAUAGAGAAAGCAGGUGAUGAGCUACUUUACAUUCUUCAAAAGGGACGAUCAAACACAGUUUUUAUUUUGUCUUUGGUGUAAUCGUAUUUAUGUAAUCAUGUAAUUAGUUGUGGCAGUUGUUGACCAUUUCAGUGGGGGUCACUUCAUUGUGAACAGAGUAUUAGUACAUGGAUAUUCUGUAACUUCAUUUGGGAAAUUGUAUGGUGAUGAAGAUGAAUAAAUGUCCCUUUCCUGGUUCAGAUGUUUA